AUCAACUCUCAAAUUCCUUCCAACUUGAAGGAACAGAACAAGCAUUCAUCCCAACUCCAACUAUACCCACACACGUGACUCUGUAAAAAUGGUCGUCAACGUCCCCACUGCCUCCCUCGAGGGACAAGUCGCCCUCAUCACCGGUGCCGGCCGCGGUAUCGGACGAGGCUGUGCAAUUGAGCUUGGCAAGCGCGGCGCCUCAGUCAUUGUCAACUACGUAUCGUCAGAAGGCCCCGCGAACGAAGUGUGCGAAAUCAUCCGGGGCUUCAACAACGGGGCCAAGGCCGUUGCCAUCAAGGCGGACGUGAGCAAAGUCUCCGAGAUCCAGCGGCUGUUCGAGGAGGCCAAGAAGGCCUUUGGCAAAAUCAACAUUGUCAUGAGCAACUCGGGCACAGAGAGCUGGGACAAGACGGAGGAAAUCACAGAGGAGAAAUACGACCAUGUCUUCAACCUCAACGCCCGAGCCCAGUUCUUCGUCGGCCAAACCGCAUACAAGUACAUCGAGGACAAUGGCCGCAUCAUCCUCAUGAGCUCCAUUGCCGCCGGCCUCCUCGGUGUAAAGGACCACGCUCUGUACAACGCCUCCAAGAUGGCCGUCAUUGGCUUCAUCAAGGCGUUUGCUACCGACUUUGGAAAGCGCGGCAUCACGGUCAACGGCGUUGCCCCCGGUGGCAUCAAGUCUGACAUGUUCACCCAGAACGCCUGGCACUACAUCCCAGGAGGCACGCCUGAAUGGCCCGCCGAGAAGAUCGAGUCGCUCAUGGCGAGCCACUGCCCCCUCGGUAGGUGUGCCGUCCCCGAGGAUGUUGCAAGGGUCGUUGCUUUCCUUGCCUCCGAGGACGGUGGCUGGGUUAACGGCCAGGUGCUUACCAUCUCUGGAGGAUCGUCCCAGUAGAUGUGCGAUUGGUAGGAGGACAAAAGAGACCGAAAGAAUUAUAUGACGAUUAUGUAAUUAGUUCUAGAGCGCAUCUUUGUCAUGGCGGAACAGUUGUACGCCAGUGCUCGAACUCAAUCAAGCUUUGUUCACUGCUUCUGUGCAACAUGGAUGUGAUAUGG